AUGCAAACCGCACAGCCGCCAUUCCCCACGUUAAUCCUCGCAUUUAAAGCAUGGAGAUCCUGCGAGGCAAUGACUGAGCCUAGCACCAAGAUACACAAGGGUCGGCAAAAGCGGCCACGCGUACCCGAUGAGUUACGCAAGAGGGCGGCGAAAGCGCUGAAACCUCACAUUCACGAAAGCAGUGCGGCCUCCCAGAUCCAGCCUGCCAAAGAAUUCCAAAUGCAAAGGAUCAUCAAGCACUUUUUGGGCAAUGUCUCUUUUGAAACCAACAACCUGCAGGAAAUUGCAGACAAACUCACACGAGAUGACGAUCAAGAAAAGCUGGACAGCGAUCCAAGUGAACCCCACGUCGAUACGCCGACGGAUGACUAUUCCAUAGAUACUCUUUCAACCAGCACGAUGCAUUACUCUGGGGAGCUAUCUCAUUGGAACUUCUCAAGGAUGCUCGAGCGACGAUUGCGAAGCCUCGGGGAUCAGGCUGGACAACGUAAGGGAGUUGAUCCCACCGAAGGAUUCUUCCGAGCCACUGCUUUGCAAUCAUCUGGUUCAUGCAUAACCCUUGCGAAAACCUAUUUUCCUCCCAAACCAAUCGCCGAAUUCUUAACAAAUGCCUUCUUGAAAUUCAGCGAGACGAACUACUUCUACUUCCAUGAAGCAACAUUUCGAGAAAAGUUGGACUUUUACUACGCCAACGACGUAUCACUUUCGAUCAAUGAUGCCGGUUGGAUAUGCACUCUACUCAUGACUUUUGCCAUUGGUACACAGUUCGCACACAUGCACGCGAAAUCGACAAACUCCAGUGAUGCCUCUUUUGAGGCAAUACCCGAUGAUAAAAUAGGGCUGGAACUCUACCGAUAUUCGUGCCGACUCAUCCCCGAUCUCAUCACGGUUGCAAGUGUGGAAACUGUCCAGGCGUUUCUACUUCUAGGAGUCUAUACAUUCCCAAUCGACACCGCGGGGCUAGCCUACGUAUACUACGGACUGGCAAUCAAGAUGGCGAUACAGAACGGUAUGCAUCGCAGAUUAGUAGAAGGUAAUAUACCCGCCGAGAUCAUCGAGGUGCGAAAUCGUCUUUGGUGGUCUGCACACGCCCUUGAAAGUCGAAUCGGAAUUCUCCACGGACGCCCAGUUUCUGUAUCGCCUUCUGAUAUCGAUGCUCCUAUGCCAGUCGAUCUGCCGACUCUGCGACCAAAAGACCAAUACACCAACCUUCCCAACUUCACGGCCGCCAUAGUAUUGACUAAUCACCUGGAAAAGGCCUCAGAAGUGAUGAAGUCUCUCCGGCAUUUUCAAAAGCCAAACAAGAAGAAAUACCUGAGACAGCUCGCCGCCAUAAGAAGCCGACUGAGCUCAUGGUGGGAAAGUCUCCCUACCAAGAUUCACUGUCGAGAUCUUGACCCAGAUGGCAAAUUCUUUCGCUGCAACGUCCACCUUGAAAUUUAUUAUACCACGACUUUAAUUUUCAUGGGCCGACCUUUCAUCAUAUCGCAAGGCACAGCUGGAUCAUCAAACGCAGAUCCUGGCCCUGAAUCGCCAACCCAUGAAGUACCAGACAUAGUCAACAUACUCCGCCGCGAUUCAUUUCACGCAGCAAUCAGAGUAAUCGAGCUUUGUCAACUUUUACAUGACUCUGUGGGACUUGCUCGGGUCUCAUACACCGAAUUCAACGGGUGCCGAGUUGCCUUGCUAGCCUUGAUUGCCCAUAGCAUGAACGAACCAACACUCAAAAUUGCCAGUACCUUGACACAGGGAAUGGGCCUCAUCCGCCAGAUCUGCACUGGGCUUGAAUCAGCGCGAUCCGAAGUUGCUGUAAUCGAAGCCCUCGAGCGUGCGAGACAACGACUCCAUGACCAUACGGCAGCGGAGGAGAGUGGUGCAACCGAAGAUGUGACUGGUUACGACCAAUUCAAGGAAUGGGCUAAAUUAUGGCGAGGGGAUCUGCUGGAGGAUAGCGAGCCUUUCUCAUUGGAUAAUGGGGACGUCCAAUUUGAGCAACAGCCGCAUGAUACUGUCCCCUCUUUUGAUGGAUUUCUUUCGUCUUUCCCGAACGAGCUGGGUGAGUUUGCAGCCAUUCCGGGCCUGAGCUACGACCUAUCAUUGGCUCAUGAUUGGUUCAGUGAUCUGCCUAAUGAGGGCUCGGAAUGGAUCAUAGACCAGUCACUGUGA